UUUGUGAGCCGCUAAACCAACUGAAGAAGCGGGAUUAGAGUGACAGCGGUCAGACUGCCUGUGUCCAUUCGACUCUAGCCUGUAUCGGGGUGGUGGUGCUGCCACAGGGAGGGAAUGAGCGCUGGGCUGGAGUGAAGAUGAACACGGCUCUGAAACACUGGAAGGAGGCGGCGACGGUCAUACUUGCUGCCGGAACAAGGCGCAGUCCGGUCACUGAGCCGCCGCUGAGAAGUGCGGACAGGGUCACUUUCCCUCACAAGACCGCCUUCGACUACGAGGUGCUGCUGCUGAAACGGAGCGGAAAAAGCGGUUUCAUGCCCAACGCCUACGUGUUCCCGGGCGGCCUGGCGGAGGCGUCCGACUUCUCCGGCGAGUGGAUGGAUCUCUUCAAGUUUUUCCGAAAACUGCCGAACUUCGGCAUCGGGGUGAUGAAACAGCCGCUCGAGGCGAGGCCGCCCAUGUUCGCCACAGACCGAGCCCGGCUCGGGUCCCCUGUACCGGGGGACGUCGCUUUCAGGAUCUGCGCCGUGAGGGAGACCUUCGAGGAGGCCGGGGUGCUGCUGGUUGUGCCCAGUAAGGAGGCGGAGCGCUUGGUGACGGACGCUCUGUUUUCUCCAGCGGCCGCGACUGAGCGGUGGGACAGAAGUGUGAUCGCUGAAUGGAGGUCUUUGGUCAUUCAGAACUCCUCGAAUUUCAUCCGCAUGUGUAGGGAGCUGGACUGUCUGCCUAACAUCUGGGCCAUGCACGAGUGGGGAAACUGGCUGACUCCCACUGGAGUCUACGGCAAGCAGAGAAGGUACGAUACUGCCUUCUACAUGUGCUGCCUGAAGGAGAUCCCGGACACUGUCCACGACCAGAAGGAAAUAGUUCAUUUUAAGUGGUCCAGCCCAUCGGAAAUACUUUGCAGCUACCGGGAUAAAGAGAUCUGGAUAGCACCACCUCAGUUCUAUGAUCUUGGACGAAUGUGUAAUUUUCCUUUACUGAGGGAUCUUCACAGCUUUGCCAGACAGAGAUCACUGGAGGGCUGUGAGCAGUGGUUACCUGUACGCCUGCUGGCUACUGACUCCUACAUAUCACUUUUACCAGGUGACAGCCUGUACCCUGAGAAUCCGGACUUCUUAGGGAAGAUGAACAUCAGUGCACCAGCAGAGAAAUGCCUAGAAGAACUGCAGAGAGAGAGUGUAAACCUGCAUCGUAUUGUGCACCAUGAUCAAUACACAGCCUCUGUACAUAUUAACAUCACACCCAAAUACAAACACAUGCCUCCUCUCACCAGUUCAGCACUCGAAAGCUCCUCAAAGCAUGACAGCAAGCUUUAAACUUGUAAUGUAUCAGCAUUAGAACUUUGGACUAAUCCAUCUCCCUCUGUGGCAGAACACACAAACUGCUUCAGGUAAACCUGACAGCAUUAUAAAAAUGUAUAUUAGACCACAGAACAAAACUGGAUUUUAAAUCUCAAUUUUUGUCUUUUUAAAACAUUUUUGCAUGAGUUGAAAACACCCUUUGCACUGUGUUGAAACUGCAUGUUUAAUAAGCUUAAUUCAACUUAUGUUUCUUCCCAUGUUCUAUAAAUUGCCAAAUUUGUAGAUGAGGUUUCAGACACUAAUGAUGCUUACCAAUGAAAUGGUGCAUUGUAGAGAUUUCUUUACAAGAGUUGUGAGAGAAAGCAGGGGUCACAAUUAACACACAGCCAUUUCAUUUAUACUCCAAAACUAGAGAAACUACACAAGUUUUUGUAUGCAGGUUUGAGGGGUGAAAGUGUUCAUCCAAAUUUUUCUCUGCAUACCACUUGAGUGCUUUAAGUAACCACAUCAUGAUUUAAUUCUGCUGAAAUAAAAAAAAGGGUAUAAAUAUAAAAAUACUCAUCAUGCUGAUUGACUUUAGCAGCCAUAGCUAUACUCUAAGGAAGCAGUGCCUUGAUCCGGCAUAGCAUGAGGAAAGCUAUGCUGUUCGUUAGUUAUAUCUAGUCAUAGGAUUUUUUUACAAAAGCAUAGUAAUUACUGAAAACAUUUAGGGGGGGAAAACAUAAGUGAUUGGUAGUGUGUGAGGUAAAAAAUAUUUUCACAGUUGUGAAAAAUUACUAAUAAAACUAUGUAUUUAAACAGAGUGGCAUUACCGUGUCUUUUGCCAGCUAACUCAAGUAGCAUGUUUCAGACUUGCCUGAAACCUUACCGUCAUUUUACCUGACCUGUGUUCAGCAAGUUUCAUGAGGAUCAUAUUUUGUUGAUUUAAUCAAAUUGCACGGCACUUGCUACAGCAUGUCCCUGAUAAGUGAAUAGACAAAUUUAACCAUCUUCAGCAAAAACACAUCAAAUUCUGUUUUCUACAAAUCACAAAUAAGUAAAAACAAAAGUAAGCUUCAGACACAAAGGGUGUGAAUCUUUUCUGUUUAAUCAGACAAACAACCCGACCAAAGAUAAACUACAAAAUGACUUCUUGCUGGGUGUGCACAUUGCUAUAUUUCUGUGGAGACAGUAGCAUGAAAUUCUUAACCACCAUCACAUUUUAAAUAAACCUCAACAGAAAA